AUGGAGGACAACGAACAAGACUGGGUUGAGAAACUCGUAAAAAAGUCCCUUGUCUACUUCAAACAACGAAACUUUCAAAAGGCCAAGGGGAUUUUGGCGAAAGUGCUGAAGAUACGAACAAAGGAGUUCGGGGAGGAUAAUGUCUCUGUGGCCGACACACUCUUUUAUAUCGGAAUGGUUCUGAAGGAGGAAGGAAAUUUCAAUGAAGCCUUGGCGAAACUAAAAAGUGCUCUUGAGAUCCAGCUGAAGAAAUUGGGGGAAAGUCACAUUGACACAAUAAAUACCUACGAAGUCAUUGGUAGAGUCUUUCUGCGAAGUGGUAACAGCGACAAAGCUCAAGAAAUGUUCCGGAAAGUUCUGGAUAACAGGCUCGAGUCUCUGCCACACUCAUUGUUUCAUUUGAUGGAUCUGAGCCAAGACCUGGUGUUGGCAUUUCGAAAUGAAGACAAUCUUUCAGAAGCAAUCAAGAUACAGAGACUCGUACUUGCGAAGCUACUACAAUUUUAUGGGGAAGACAGCUCCGAAGUCACUCGUGUAUAUAUUUCCAUUGCGAUGCUGUUGAAAGACCAAAGUAGGUUGGACGAUGCUCUUCAGAUGCUUGAUAAAAGCAUCGAGAUUUGUUCUCGCCUACAACACCAAGGGGGUUUCGACACGAUGAUAUUGGCCGGAGCGCUCCUAAACAAAGCAGGAUGCCUGGAAAAACAAAGGAAUUUUGAAGGUGCCAUGGAGGUGUACAACAGAGUUCUAUUGAUACAAAAGGAAGCGCUAGGCGAAAUGCACCCCUCAACAGCAGAGACUUAUGCAUAUCUUGCAGAUGCAUAUGCCAACCAAAACAUGUCAGAAGAUGCCAUCAAGGCGUAUGCGAAAGCCAUCAAUAAUCGCAAAGCGAAUUUUGGCGAUGGUCAUCCUAGCACAAAGAAGGUCAGCAGUAGCCUUAGAUUGUUAAAGCGCGAGAAAAAAGCGAGAUCACUGUAUGAGCAGGGACUGGUAAUGAAGGCACAAGAAGACUUGGAAAAGGCAAUACAGUUCUUCCAUGAGGCGCUGGACAUUUUCAAGGGAGUCUAUGAUGUUCAUCCUAACAUGGCAGUAAUCUACGAGAAUAUUUCGGCCGUCAAAGUUGAACAGAGUUUGCUGGAAGAUGGGAUCGCUGCGAGUGCACAAGCCCUCAAGAUUCGUCGAAGAACGCUUGGGGACGACAAUGCUUACACGAAGGGCCGUAUGGAAGUGCAUAGAUCUUUGCUGAGACGUCUCUUGGAGAAUCGUAACCAUAAGCAAGGGAACUAA